AUGAUGGAGACAUUGUAUAAGAAAAUUCGUUCAGCAAGAACCUCCGUUCCUGCUCAUAGACCUCUCUACAAAGAUGAAUCUUCCAACGAAGACCUUCUCAAAUCAUCCGAAGGCCUACUCGAAUCCAAAGAUAAUGAAAAUUUAGAAUACGAUGUUAGACCGCGGAAUGCGAAGCAAAGAAGGUUGAUGUGGGGAGUUGUGAUACAUUCUUUCAUAUUCGCGACGUAUACUAUUGGAAUUUUUGCAGCAACUGGCUUUUUUAAACAGAAAUCUGGGCCACCUACACUUGUAUAUACACCGGCAGCAGAGGCUUUGGAGUAUGAGAAGGUCUUUUAUAAUGGAACUCUUUUCGCAAGUAGUCUCUACAAGGGGGAUCCUCGUCCGGAGCUCGAUCUUGCGUGGCACAACUUGGUCAAAAACAAUAAUCUACGGCUCAGCAAAGAGGAGCUCGCUACUUUGGGUAGGACCGCACUUUCUCUUGCUGAUGGCUCCGGAUACUACGGUCAAUUGAAUGUUUACCAUCACUUACAUUGUUUGAAAUUCAUGAGAGAAGCAUUUUACGCGGAAUAUUAUCCUGAUGCUCAAGGGCCAACAACAAAAAUGCACGUCGAUCACUGCAUUGAUGAUAUUCGACAAGCAUUGAUGUGCCACGCCGAUACCUCCAUCACAACAUUUGAAUGGGAAGAAGGUAUAAGAAGACCCAUGCCAGAUUUCACCGGUUGGCACACAUGUAAUAAUUGGGAGAAACUGGAUGACUGGGCCACUGCUCGUGCAUUUUCAAUGUUUGACCAGGUUUCUUUGAUCAAUCCUACUUAUGGGAUCGCUUUCCCAAUGGUCAACGGAGAAAUCGAUUAUACGCCGCCUGGUCAGGAGGGAUUCCGUGCUGUUUGGCCUGAAGAUUUGGGAGGCCAUGUUCAUGGUUAA